AGGUAAUUGAGGUGAUUUCGGACCGAGAGCUAGAGAGGAAGAUAGCUGUGCUGUGAUGCAUGAUUCGAUAAUCAUUAGGGCGGGAAUAAUGCCUGGAUAAGAAGGUGUGUUGCCCUAGGGCCCUGCAGCGCAACGCUGAUCAGUGGGGAAGAACACCCUCUUGUGUUCACGAUAUUCCCCUGAUCUAGACGCCAAAGAUUAAGGGAAAAUGUAGGUAUUUAAAGAAGGGUCUCAUCCCCCGCCCAAUAUUUGUUGGAAAUGGUGGUAUUAUAGGUAUCGACAAUAUGACUUCCCUUCGAAAGUUGACUGCCGAAGCUUUGGCUGGGCUAUGUCUGGCCCAGAUUGUCCUCGGCGGUGCUCCCAAGCAGUGCGCAGGUGCGACAGAGCUAUCAUGCCAUAACACCACCACGAUUGCCGACACCUGUUGCUUCAAUUAUCCAGGAGGAUCGUUGCUACAGACCCAAUUCUGGGAUACGGACCCUGUAGUUGGGCCUGAUGAUUCAUGGACCAUCCACGGCCUUUGGCCAGACCACUGUGACGGCACAUACGACUCCACUUGCGACAGCCGCCGCGCCUACAAGAACAUAACCAGCAUUUUGAAAUCUUUUGGGAACGAUGAUCUCCUGAGUUACAUGGAGACCUACUGGCUGCCGAAUGACAGCACCGGGGAGGAAUUCUGGGAACACGAGUGGGGAAAGCACGGUACUUGUGUCUCGACUCUUGAGCCGGACUGUUUCACCGACUACCAACCUACCGAAGAGGUCCCCAGCUAUUUCAACACGACAGUCAGCCUUUUCAAGAGUCUGCCGACGUAUGAAUGGCUCGCUGACGCAGGUAUCACGCCCAGCUCAAGCAAGACCUACAAGCUGGCCGACAUCCAGGCAGCAUUGUCCAAGAACCAUAAUGGCGAGACCGUGUACGUCGGGUGCAGUAGUGGUGCCAUCAACCAGGUUUACUACUAUUACAACGUGUAUGGCUCAGUUGCUACCGGGCAGUUCGUACCGGCGAGCCCGGAUAACAGCGACGACGGUAACUGCCCUAGCACAGGAGUCAAGUACCUCCCAAAGAAUUAGGCUGCUGCCCUCUUUCCGGAGGAAUCUACUGUAUCCUUUCAUCAGCAUAAUAAAGGAAAAGAAAUACCAAGCCCGCCGUUUAUUCGUAGUGUCUAUUCAUCUUUAGUUCUAUGCCUCGCGUAAGAAGCCAAAGUCCGUC